GUAGUUCACAUCGUGUCUCCGCGUCCGUUAUCGCGCCAAAAAAAACGUCCCCAAACCCCAAAAACCAAACAAACCAGUGAAACCCCCCCAUCCCCAACCCAACCCCGUGAAAAAAACCCUUAAAACAAUGGAUUACAGUUUCUCCUUGUGAUUUCCCCACCGACAAAAUUAGUGUCACCGGCAUUCCCUCCACAACAAAUAAGUGUCGCCUGAAGUAUGACCAGUUCGUUAAAAAGGUGUGACUCCAACUACAAUUGUGCGAAAAUCCUCUGGAUAGUAGAUACCCGGAUAAAUCAUCCUCCACUCGAUAAUUCUCUUCAUCCCAAUUGAACGCAAUUCACCAAUCACAAUGGCUGCGGAAGCUGCUAACAAAAAGGCUGAACGAGAGGCACUCCGUGGGGUUAUUCAACAAUGGAAUGCCAAUCGUCUGGAUCUCUUCGAACUGUCGGAACCCAACGAGGAUUUGGAAUUUCAUGGUGUCAUGAGAUUUUACUUCCAAGACAGCGGCCAGAAAGUAGCAACAAAGUGCAUUCGUGUGGCAUCAGACGCAACGAGUCAGGCUGUGAUCGAGACCCUUAUCGAAAAAUUUCGUCCUGAUAUGCGCAUGUUAUCAGUACCCGAAUAUGCACUGUACGAAAUCCAUGAGAAUGGAGAGGAGAGAAAGCUGGGACUCGAGGAGAAGCCACUGCUCGUUCAGUUAAAUUGGCAUAUUGAUGAUCGCGAGGGGCGAUUUCUGCUUCGUCGAAUUGACGACAAAACCAAUGCACAGGGGGUCGGUUUUGGCGAGGGCACCAGCUUCAGGCGGAAGUUGAGCAAAAGGGAGAAGAAACAGAUGAAGAAACAGGAGAAACUUAGUCGACUCAAGACUGCUGAGCAGGAUGAGACCACUCUGCCAGUCGAUCAGAAUGGUGUCGCUGAGAAACUUUAUACUGAAUUACCUGAGACGAGCUUUACCCGGAGCAUAUCAAAUCCGGAAGCUGUGAUGCGUCGACGUAGACAGCAAAAACUUGAGAGAAAACUGCAGCAAUUUCGUAGUAAAGACGGUGGUCCCGAUACCGGUGGUACAUUAAAAAUUUAUGGUGAAGCCCUGUGCAAAGAUGUGCCUUACAAGACCCUUUUGUUGAGUGUCAGGGACUCAGCGGCUCAGGUAGUCAGGGAGAUGCUGUCUAAAUACGGCCUCGACAAAGUUGAUCCACAGCAGUAUUGUCUAGUGCAGGUCAAUGGCGAGGCGACGAGCAGUAAUGCCCACCAAGAAUACAUCCUCGAUGACGACGAGUGUCCCCUAGCAAUAUUGAUGAACCAUCCCUCAACACGCGGCUCGAUAAUGUUCCACGUGAGGAGAAGGCCAGCUGACUACGUACCCAGGAAAAGGAAGAAGAAACCAGCUGGUAAAUGGAGUGAAUUUGAUCAUAGAUACGAGGACGAGAGAUUGCCAUUUCUUCUGGAGCUCAAUCCCGAUGGCACUGAUAUUCCGAGUGGAGCUGGCGUUAAGCAUCGUCUCCAGCCAAAUGUCACUGAAGUUGGAUCGGAGAGACCGAUCGGUCCUCAAGCUGUACAAGCGCAAACUCUCACAUUGACUGGUCCAACUGUCAUGCCCAGACACUGUGUCAUUGCCUUCACCGAGAAUAUCGUUACGCUUACGCCCUGCUCCAGGGAUGCACACACUUAUGUUAAUAAUCAGAGGAUACAUCAGACCACUAUUCUGCAGAAUGGUGCCAUCAUAAAAUUCGGUCGAAUGCACACCUUUCGGUUCAUCGAUCCAACACCAGAGGAUCGAAUUAGACAUCGCCAGGAGCCAAGCAGACAAAUGGACUACGUCUACGACAGACGCUCGCCAGACAGAAACAGCCAGGACGUGAAUUCCGAGAAAUACAGAUCUGGCUCAGGAACACCAAACGAUGGUCCAGAUUCAAAUCCACCGAGCCCCACAAAAUCAUCAGCUGCUAAUCCCCGGAGUCCCACAAAUGCACAUCCCAUUGAGAAUACACACAAUUACGAAACAACAUUCGAUUUAGAUGGAAAUGUAGAGACUGCCAGUUUGACCAGCAGUAGAGAUAGCAACAGAUUAUCCCAGCAAUACGAUCGCCAGCCCCGUGGUACAGAUCCAAUUCUCCCAGCUGUUCUCGAAUUUCUUGAGGAGACAGAAGAGGCCUUCCUCCACGCAGUGAUAACCGACGUGGAGCCAUCAGCACCUCAAUUCAAACUCGCACCAACGUACACCCUGUACCUAGCAGCUCGUUACAGAGCAAGUACGCAUUAUCGUCCCGAGCUACAACCAACGGAGAGAGCGCAUCGUUUAACAGUGAUGCUUGCUAAUGUUGCAACAAUGAUUCAACGAGUAAUUCUGGAGCGUUACAUGGACGCCUCGUCCCUCGCCCUGUGGCUGGCGAAUGGUUCUGAGCUUCUCCACAUGUUGAAGAGUGAUCGACACGUGGGUGCAUUCUCCACGAGAGCCCAGGACAUUCUAGCAGAGUCAGUGCAGACAGCAUUUGCCUCACUAGUUCGCUGUGUCUCCCUCGAAUUGGCACCAGCCAUGUCCCAAUUCAUGGCUGAUGCUGACGAGCCAUCGAAGGAGUCGAGUGUUUUGCAAAUAUUUUCAAACACAAUGGCCCUUCUUCGCAGGUGUCGUGUCAAUGCCGCUUUGACUAUUCAACUGUUCAGCCAUUUAUUCCACACGAUAAACGCCACAGCCUUCAAUGCUCUCGUUUCAAACGGCAAUCUGUGCGUCAGGUGGUUUGGCAGGCGUUUGAAAAGCCGAUUAAAUGCCCUGGAAACGUGGGCCGAGAGGCAGGGACUUGAGCUUGCGAGUCAGUGUCAUCUUGCUACGAUAAUGCAGGCAACUCAUCUAUUACAGGCACCCAAGUACAAUGCAGAGGAGCUCGCCACCCUGAGCUCAACUUGUUUCAAAUUGAAUUCACUGCAGGUGAGGGCACUUCUCCAGAAGUAUCAGCCAGCUGCUGAUGAGCCUAGACUACCACCAGAGCUCAUUGAGAAUGUCGUGAGAAUUGCUGAGAGUGUGGCUGAUGCACUUGCCAGGGCUGAUGGUAGGGAGAUCAGGCUGGAAGAGGAUCCCAAUCUCGCGUUGGCACUUCUUCUGCCUGAGGAUGGCUACAGCUGUGAGGUGAUACGUGGUGUACCACCUGGCCUCGCUGAAUUUCUCACACCUCUUCAGAGGGAUGGUCUCUGCAGAAUGGCACCACAACCCACCAGCAGUGGAUACUGGACUAUUUAUAUGAUCGAUCAUCACAGCAAUUUCAGGAGUCCCAGUGCAAUGAGCAAUCGGUCAGGGGGAUUCUCUGGUGGACACUCUGGUAGUCACAGUCAACCAGAAAUUCAAAUAAUCAAACUUCACAAAUCUACUAAUGGUAUGGGACUCAGCAUCGUUGCUGCUAAGGGUGCCGGGCAGGAUCGUCUGGGCAUUUAUAUAAAGAGUGUUGUAGCUGGAGGAGCUGCUGACGCUGACGGUCGAUUAACAGCUGGUGAUCAACUGCUGAAGGUUGAUGGCCAGAGCCUCGUGGGAAUAACUCAGGAAAAGGCUGCUGAAUAUUUAGUACGUACGGGACCAAUAGUAACUCUCGAAGUGGCUAAACAGGGUGCAAUAUAUCAUGGACUUGCUACAUUACUGUCACAGCCAUCUCCUGUAAUGACUCGAGCGCAUAAGGCUCGUCCAAAGUCUGAACAGUUAGAUCAUCCACGCUUGGGAGACACAGCCCAACCAUCAACAUCCUAUUCAGUGGGCAAUCUUUUAUCCACUCCAAUGCUAACAGAUCACUAUCAAGAGCGUCUGGUGGAUUGGGACACUGGGCCCGAAAGGCCCCAACCAGGUCUUCCGAACAAGACUCUUAACCGUCAAAACAUUCACAAUUCGUGUCUUAACAUAUACCCAAUCGACGAGUCCCCAAUGGACGAGGAGUGCACAUGGCCAAGAGCCCAAUGGACCAAUAAACGACCAAUACCAAUAAUCCAAGAGCCCCAAAUGUUCCUAACUAUUCCGAGCCAUCUCGAUCGAUAUCCACCGUAUCCACCACCACCACAACCAAAUGUACCAUCAAACACCCCAGAAGCGAGAUGUAAUUUCUACAGUGAAGACAAGACUGAUCUCACAUUUCCAACAAUGACAUUUACCUGCGAUAAAUCACACGACUCCGAGGCUUUCCUUGGUAUCGCCGAGUCAAUUCCCUUCAUUGAUCAAUUUGACGAGACAUCGGACGACCCCCAAAGCUCCCCCGAAGACGAAUCAAAAGCUCAUCAUUCAAUUCACAAACCAAAUGCAUCAAACUGCUGCUGUCAGAAGCACAAAUGCGAUGAAAAAUUGAAAAAAUUGAAAGCUCUUCAAGACGCUGAUAAUUUGGAAAUUCCAAAUGACAAAAAUGGGGAAUUCCUCUCGAAAACUGGCGGAAAUCCCCAGAGCAAUUCGUCACAACUGCGAAUGCAUCCGAUAAUGCCGGAAUUAAAUUUAGAUCUCACUGGUUUAAAUAGUGAUCCAUCGAGCGCUGACUCGAGCCCAGAAAAAUGCUGGAAAUCACCUGAGGAGAUACGACUCGGCUGUGGCAGAGUUGCUGCUCUAGCUAAACACUUUUCAGGUCUUGGUGACGCUGGUUUAAUAAAAUUCAAGUCGAUAAAACUCGGUUCAUCGAGGCAAUUUGUCUCAGAGCCCGAUAUGGCGUCACCGCGAGGCUUCGGUUGUGUCAGGACAACCGGGGAUUUAAGUAAAUCCGAGACUGAUUUGUCGAGAGUUGAUAAAAAUGUUGCAACAACACCUGAGAGGGAGUGGAGUAUGAUCCUGCUGGAUAUUCAGACCAAGAGUGAAGAGCGAGAGGAAUUCAUUAAAAGGGAAAUUCAGGAAUUGAAGAAGAGCGAUGAGAAACUAUCGGUUGCUGAGCAACAGGAGAUUAUAAAACAGCUCCAGGAAUUUUCGAAUCUUGAUAAUAUCCAUGCACCACUUUACAUUCCAAAUUGCCAGGGAUUUAAAUCGUCGGGGAUUAGUUCAAAGGGAAUUCACGCCACGGGGAUUAGCUCAAAGGGAAUUAAUAUCUCAGGAAUUAAUUCGUCGACUUCGCUGACGGUAAUGGACUCGCAAGGUCAGAAUACUUCAAUCAAAGGAAGCAUGAGUCUUGAUAAUUUGGAGAGGACCUCACCCUCAAUAUCCAGCACAAUAAAGAUCAAUUCCGACAUUGAUAAGGUGAAUAAACUCGAGAAGUACUGGUCACUCAAGGAUUUAAUUUCCACUAACGUUAAAACAUCGCGAGUCACGUCUGAUCCAGUGAUAUUUCACGAGGAAAAUUUUCGUGUUGAAUCGAUUAACACCGAUAAUGUCACAAUAGAAAGUAAAAUAUUUAUCAAUGAUGAUGAAAGAGGGAGUGAAAAUGUGGGAACGAGGGAAUGCGGCUCGAGUCCAGUAAAUUUUUUAUCAGAGGGUCCGAGAAAAACGAAAUUCCCCGAGUCUUUCCUGAGGACGAGGGUGAAAUCCAGGAGUGAGGACAGACUCCUGACGACUGAAGAGAAAGAAAUGAGAAUGGAGGGGAGUAAAUCGUUGGAGAAUCUCGGCGAAUCCCUGAAAAUGGGGGAGAACCAGUGGAAAUUGAAUGAGGAAUUCCGGAGAAAAUUGGCAAGAGUCUCCCUUGGGCAGAGGAAAAUCUUGGAUAAGGGAAAUGUGGAAUGCCACACUCGAUUGAGGGAAUCGAAACCGAUCAGGAAAAAAUCCCUCAUGAUAAUGAGAAAGAAAUCAAAAAGUGAUUUGGAUAUUUCUGAGAGGAAACCAACUCCGAGAUUCGAGAGGGGCGAUUGGGUAUUUCGUGACUUUCCCUCGUUGGAAAUCGAUGGCAAUCGACCUCGUCGCAUGAGUGAACGCGAUCUGCCAUCGCGAAUUGGACAUGAGACGACGCACCAUCAAAUUCACAGCAGCAAAUCGGUGCCGGCACUUCACAACGUAGGAACAAUCGAGGGUAAACAGCAGCACGAAGUUUUCAAUCCAGGAUACAGCAGAGCAUCAUCAAGUAACAGUGUAACACCACCGGUUCAGCCUCCCCCCAUGCCAGCGAUGAAUGGAGCAACAUCCCUGCGAUCACGUUCCAGUCACAAUCUGCACGAUCCCCUGCGAUCAGGCACCCUUCCUCCAUCAGGUCUCGUCAGCAGACAGCAAUCGUCACCGAAUCUCCAUCCACACCAGGUGAGCAACGAGGCCGAGCGUUUCUACCAGAAUCUGAGUGUCUACAGGCACCAGGACGCCGUUGUCAAGCAACAGCCAAGUCCACCGCAACCAGAGGACAGAUCACUCCAGAAGACUUUACGGGGCUCCCAGAACAGCCUGAAUCGUCCAGAUGUUCAAAUCCCUCGAGACCGCCCAAUAUCUGCAUAUAUUCCCCAGGCGCAGGCGUAUCCUGGACAGAUUCAGCAGCAGAUGCAGCAACCGAGGUCUCAGUCAUCCAGGGACAUAAUCCGCCAGGAGGCGAAGCUCCAGGAGAUGCAGGAGGAGGUCAGGAGGAGAGAACUCAGAGGUGGAAAUCCUCAGGUUAAUCAGUACAGGGGGAAUUAUAACGCCAGGGCAAUACCACCCGCUGGAAUCAGGCCGGCAAGACCUCCUGUUGGCUCUACCCCCAAUCUUGCUACUUCACCGACUUAUAAUUAUGGACAGUACGGGUACAAUCAGUACGGACAGUUUAACAAUAAACAAUUGCAGAGUCAGUAUGCAGUUGUGCCGAAGAAGGGUGAUCCUGCCAGGUUGGCAGCUGCCCAGGGCCAUGGGGUCGAUCAGAGGGAAUUCGAGCAGAGGGGAAUGUAUGUGGGUGGAUAUCCCAAUGGACAGUACUCGGGGGAUUCUCUACCUAGGGGACAGAAUGGGAAUGAGACCCAGGGCGAUGAAGUACAGCCACCUGUCAGGCCUGCACUCCCUGAAGACAGCGGCUACAGGGAGAGCCCACCACCUCCACCUCUCAACACUUCUACUCAUCCUUUGUACACCAAGCAGACUGAUUCUGGGUAUACUGCAAGUAUGCAGGAUCCCCCAAGAGGCAGCUACUACCCAACAUCAGUUCCAAGUCAGCCCCGUCAGUAUCAAUACAAUGCGACGAAUCCCUGGCAGCGAGAGGAACGUGAAAAAGAGCAAGCAAGACGCCGAGAGGCAGCGAAAUUGUGGCGAGACCAGCAGAUCGCUGAAUUGUCAUCUCUAUCAAGCCGAACACCUCAACAGGAGGAGCAGCUGAGAGCACUCCAACUGGAGCGUGAUUUCCAAAAGCGUGCCGAGGAAGUGGCAAAUCAGCAGGACGACGACGAUGAGAGUACAGAGAUUGACAACGAGAGUGCACAGAGGGUGCAGGGCCUCCUGAGAAUGGCAGCCUCCCAGGAUCGAGGUAAUCAGGGGAAUUUAUCAGUAUUAAGGACGAGUACGAGGGGACAGCCCCUGUCACCGCAACCUGUGGGCAGUCAAAUCCAGUCGACUAGUGUUUCUCUGCACACGGCGACGAGUCAGGGACAGCAGGGAGGCAUCUACGGGGGAAAUGACGUGAAUAAUAUUCAAAUGCAGACGACUGUUACAUCGAGUUACUCAUCUGGACAGUUCACAGCCCCUGGGAAGCCCCAGGGAUUUGAGGAACGUCAGAGGAGGAUCGAGGAGCUCAAGAGAAAGCAGAAUGAGUUCGAUGAGAAUCAGAGGAAGAGGGAGGAGGACAUCAGGAUGCAGCAAGUUUUUAAUAAAAACCAGAUGCAUCCUGGGAUGCUCAGGCUUGAUAAUCUCGUGAUUAAUGGACCGAGUUCACCACCUGGGGAGGCACCACCUCCCCCUGAGCGGGGCUCUAGUUAUGCUGUUAUGUCUCAGCAGAGUGCACUCAGGUCUAAUACGUCUAGUGCUUCUAAUCCUGGACAGACUGCCAUGAAAAGGGUGUCGUUCCAUGAUCCAAAUGCUAAUAUUGAGAGGAACACUGGCUCUGGUAACUCCAAUCCCACGUCCUUGAGUGGAAUGGACACCAUACGAGAGGAUCCUAAUAACUUUAUAAAUGACGCGGAGAUCUUGCUGGCAUCUCCAAAGACUCCAGAAGGCCCUGGUGGACUAUUUUCCACGGCUACCCCAGGGGUUAUAGGAGCUCAGGAAGUUUACAAAGACCCCAGACAAAAACGAUUGGCUGAAAAGCAGAAGCAACAGCUGAACGCUCAAUUGGGAGAAGUACCCGAAAAAUUGAGUUUUAAGGAAAAAAUGAAGAUGUUCGCGAUGGAAACGGGCGAGGACGGCACCCCCAGGGACAAAGUGAAAAUAUCCCGUGCCCAACGGGAAAUUGACAAUAUCGGAAAUCCACUGAGUCCAAACAACAAUAACAACAAUAACACUAAUAAUAGGAGUUAGACGAUUGAUACGACAUGUAAAUACCUUCAACUAGGGAGAAUGCAGUAUUUUCUUUUUGUUUUCAUUUUUAUUUGUUAUUUGAUAACAAAUCCAGAGUCUAAACAAUAUCAGUUUUGUUUGGAUCCUCUAGCAAACGAGUUUACGUUGUUAAUCUCUGUAAAAUCUAUUUCCAAUCGAUUUAAAUAACCACGAAUCACGAGUUGACGAUAUUGUUUUGUGAAUAAUUAAGACACGACGAGUUCAGAUUAUGCCUAGUUUAUUAAUUAACGUAGAAAUUUAAUAGUUAUUUCAGAAUUCACUUUUUUAACUCGAUUUAUUAUUAUAAAGACAAAGUAAUCAAAUUAGAAUAUAUUUAUUAUGAAUCAAACAUAAUAUCUAUAUUUGAUAUAAACUUAAAAAUACAUUGAAAAUAAUUACAUAGAUCCAUUGAAAAAUUAUGAAAUUGUGCUAGAAAUUCUAAAA